CUCGCCUUCAAUUCACUUGGCCUCCGCCGCUUGCUGCUGCCGCUCCUGGACGUGAUUUGAUGGACGUCCAACGAAAAGAGUUGCUCGAGGAGGUCAUGACAUGGCAUCACCGCAUGUUCCGCGAGCUUUUGUCCCAGCACCACCAGCUUGUGGAAGCACACAUUGACGUGUUUGGUACGCACCCGAUCACGCAACGGGUGUAUCGAUCGGCGAACAAAGAAAACUUUGAGGAAAUCAUCAACCCGAAGUUAACAUUGGACAACAUGAUGGUGACCGACUUUAUGGUCGAUCUGUGCGACGAACAUGUUGGGGACGACGGGAGCUGCACCGUGGAUCAAUUUCACCACGUCCUCGAUGCAAUAUCCAAGCAGGAUUCACAGACCUCGAAGCUUACGCUGGGCGACAAAGUCCGCACGUGCUACGUGAUCGACCGAACGCUCCACUCGAAGCGCGUGUCUGAAGGGGAUGUGCUGAAGCUUACCGAGCGCUACCAGUCGAUAGGUGCUCGAAUGUUGUUGCAAUGGGUCGUCGACACCACGUCUCGUGGCCAGCCCGACGAGGAUUGCGCCAACCUUUUCCUCCGAGUGCUCAUCUCGAUUCCUCCAAAAGACCCUCGAGUUCUGCGAGAAUUUGGAAGCGUCCUCGCGGCCCAAGCUUCACGGCAAGAGAGCCCAGUCAUGCGCGCGCUGUUCAACCAGUUGCUCGCGUUAUUCGAGAAGUAGACUUGUAACACUCCUUUGCUAUUUAACACCUCAACAACGAGGCUCUCCAUCUCGCCCAGAGGCGCACUCG